AUGGCGCCGCCUCCGGCCUCGCUCCCCGCGCGGGACCCCGGGGCGGCGGCGCGCGCGGGAGGGAGCCCGCAGCCCGUGAGCUUCGCGGACGUGGCCGUGUACUUCUCCCCGGAGGAGUGGCGGAGCCUGCGGCCCGCGCAGAGGGCCCUGUACCGGGACGUGAUGCGGGAGACCUACGGCCACCUGGGCGCGCUCGGGUUCCGCGGCACCAAGCCGGCGCUCAUGGCCUGGGUGGAGGCGGAGGCUGAGCUGUGGGGGCCGGAAGCCCGAGACCCGGAGCUGGGAGCGGGUCUGACCGAGGGGGACGCGGAUUCCAGAAACAAGGAAGAGAAAGGACUACUGGAAGGCACCGGGGCCCUGGAGAAGAUCCUUCCUGUGGAUGCUCAGUCUCUCGGGCUGAAGGCUCUCAAACCCACUCCUGCGUGUCUCCCUUACAGUUUGGAGCAGCUCUCCAAGGUGCCUCACCGGGGUCGCCCCCCACUCUUUGCCCACCCCCCGGUCCCACGGGCAGACCAUCGUCACGGUUGCUACCUCUGUGGGAAGAGCUUUGCCUGGCACUCCACUCUGGUGGAGCACCUGUACACCCACACGGGCGAGAAGCCCUUCUCUUGCCCUGACUGUGGCAAAAGCUUUGGCCAGGCCUCCUCCCUGAGAAAGCACCUCGCCAUCCACCGUGGGGAGCGGCCCCACCGCUGCCCGGACUGUGGCCGGGCCUUCACCCAGCGCUCUGCCCUCACCACCCACCUACGGGUGCACACGGGCGAGAAACCCUACCGCUGUGCCGACUGCGGCCACUGCUUCAGCCAGAGCUCUGCCCUCUACCAGCACCAGCGGAUCCACAGUGGCGAGACCCCCUUCCCUUGCCCGGACUGUGGUCGUGCUUUUGCCCACGCCUCAGACCUUCGGCGCCACGUGCGUACCCACACGGGCGAGAAGCCCUACCCGUGCCCGGACUGUGGGCGCUGCUUCCGGCAGAGCUCGGAAAUGGCAGCCCACCGGCGAACCCACAGCGGGGAGCGCCCCUACCCCUGUCCUCAGUGCGGCAGGUGCUUUGGCCAGAAGUCGGCCAUGGCCAAGCACCAGUGGGUCCAUAGGCCUGGUGCCGGGAGACACAAGGGCCAGGGUGCCGGUGGGUUGCCUGUCACCCUGGCCCCUGGCCCCGGGGACCUAGACCCACCUGUGAGCUUCCAGCACUACCCAGAGAUAUUCCAGGAGUGUGGGUGA